CCACGGCGGCGGCUUUCAGUUCGGCGGCAACAGUUACUCCGUCUACGACGCUCGCUAUUUGGCCCUGUUCGGCGACGUCGGUCGUGGUAGGUGCCCAACUACAGGCUCAACGUGUUCGGCUUCCUGAACGCCAAUGUUUCCGACGCACCGGGCAACAUGGGCAUGUACGAUCAGAUCCUGGCCCUUGAAUGGGUACAGAAGAACAUCGCCAUGUUCGGCGGGGACCCUAAUCGCGUGACGCUGUUCGGCCAGAGCGCCGGCUCAGUUUCCAUAGGCUACCACCUGCUCUCUCCGCUGACGAGGGGCCUCUUCAAGAGAGUCAUCAUGCAGAGCGGUACUCCUUACUGGAAGGUUCCCGACAACACCUUCACGGGCAAGCUGAAGGUUCAGCAGCUGGCCGUCGGCCUAGGCUGUCCCGUCGGCGAAAGGGGCAACGUUCUGGCCGAACCCACGAAGGUCAUCGACUGCAUUCGUUCCAGGAGCCGCACGAGCAUAUACCGGGCCAUGAAGGACGUGUUCGGCGUCGAAGAGCACUACAUGAUCCCGGCAUACUACAGCGAAUUCCUGCCGUUCGAGCCCGUGCUGGCCACAGAGAGGGGUCAGUUCCAUGACGUCGACCUCAUGAUCGGCAACGUCCGGAACGAAGGUACCGGCAUCGUGGACCACUUCUUCUGGAAGAUAUUCAACUUCAAGGACUACAGCAAGAUCACCGUGGACGAGAUAUGGUUCUACAGCCUGCUGGUGUUCCGCGUCAUUCUGGGAAAGAAUCCGGCGCCCAUCCGCGAGCUGUACCUGAGCGACCUGAACGAGACGGACUCGUGGAUGGCGCUGAACCGUCUGUCCGACGCCGUCGGAGACUUCAGCCUCAUCUGCCCAUCGCAGCUGUUUGCCGAGGCGUACGCCAAGCGCAAGAACAAUGUGUACUUCUAUAUAUUCAACCACAGACCUUCGUUCAGCGUCUACCAGCCGUGGACUGGCGUGGUGCACGGAGACGAGCUCGGCUUUGUGUUCGGCUUCCCGCUCCUCUAUCCGCAACACUCGACCGAUGAAGAGAAGAUCCUGUCCAGAAGGAUGAUGCGCAUAUGGUCGACGUUUGCGAGAACUGGGAAGCCGCCGACUGUGGGAGGCCAACUUUGGCCGAGGUUCACUCGUGACCACGCUUUCCACCUGAACAUCAACCUCAAGAACUACUCACACGGCAUCGACUUUCGGAAGAAGCUGUGCUCCUUCUGGAGAAAGUAUCUCGUUCCCACUGGUUACUGGUGACCGUGGCACUCCACUCUCAACGGACCCCAGCGCACAUCCAUCCUGUGUACAGUUCUUUCUCUCAUGCUCUAUGUCAUGUCGUUGAACUUGUUACAAAUCUGUAAAUAUAUAUAGUAAAGUACAAAACAUUAAACCAAA